AUGGUUGUGGCUUACGACAACUGGGAGAGGCUAGUCCGAGCCACUCUACUAAGAGAAGAGCUUCGGCAGAUUGCCAGACAGUGCUCGACUACCAGCUCAAUCUCCUCAGAAUUUGCUCCGAAUUUCCAUUCAAUUUUCCUCAACUUCUCCAAAAUCAGUAAAUCAUUCGAGUAUGAGCAGAUUCACAAAGCCACGGAUGGUUUCGCGGAUAAAAACUUAAUCAAGUGCGGUCACUCAGGAGAUCUCUUCCGAGGAAAAUUGGAUUCUUCUACCAGUGUUGUCAUCAAAAGAAUUGAUUUUCUCUUGGUCAGUCCAUACGAGUGCUUGUCAGAAUUGGAAUUUUAUAGCAAGGUCAUUCAUUCAGGAUUUGUAAGUCUUUUGGGACAUUGCUUUGAAGAUGAUAACAUCAAAUUUCUAGUGUACGAGUAUGUGCCCAAUGGAGACUUGUCCAGUUUCUCUUUCAUCAAACCUAAUGGAAAUAUCAGUUUAAAAUUGUGGAGUUGGAGAACUAGAAUGCAAAUCGCAAUUGGGGCUGCAGAGAGUUUAGUAUAUCUACAUGAUGAAUGCAAUCCACCUCUUGUUCACGGAGAUGUGCAAGCCAGCAGCAUACUUCUUGAUGAUAAUUUUGAUGUGAAAUUAGGGAGCCUAAGUCGAGCCUGUAACGAAGAAAACACUCUACUAGACAGGAUUACCAGGACAUAUCAAGAAGACACUUCAUAUCAAGAAGACACUUCCAGUGUUGGAUCAUGGGCAUCUGGUGUUUAUCGCUUUGGAAAGGUCCUGGUUGAGUCAGUGACACGAAAACGAGGAAUCAGUGUGAGGAGUGAUGUCCAAAGCAGUGCAGUUCUAACAUCAUCAGACAUAAUGAAAAUGAUAUAUGAUGAAGACAUUUCUGGUAGAGCUAUAGGAUCUUGUGAAUCUGAUGUUUAUAGCUUUGGAAAGGUUCUACUUGAGUUAGUAACAGGAAAACUUGGAAUCAGUGCAAGGAGCGAUGUCAUGGCACAGGAUUGGUUGCAAGUGAUGCUACUUCAAAUCGAAGAUUCUGAGACAAACAUUAUUGACCCUUCAUUAUUAAUUUCAGGUGUAAGUGAGUUUGACAAUGUAUGGGCAGUGGCUGUUCUUGCUAAAUCUUGCCUCAAUCCUGUUCCUUCAUCACGGCCGCAAAUGAAAUCUGUGCUUAAAGAUUUGGAAGAAUUGAAUAAAAUAUCAUUGUUUUUGGAUUGA